CGCGCGACGCGACGCACAACGACAGCUUGACUGAUCGAAUAUUCGCGAAUCUUAACUUAUAAUAUAAAAAAAAACAAAUAAUAAUUAUUUACUAACGAUAUAAUUUAAUUAUUUGUAAUUUAUAACAAUUGGACUAUCAACUGGAAAUAGCUAAACUUUACUGAGUUUGGGUAUCCGUCGUACGAAUAUACCUACAACGACUACGUUAUCGAAAAACUACUUCUCUUGUUCAUCGAUGGGUGUGCGCCAGAACCCGUGGACACCGACCAAGCGCCGAGGACCUAUCGCCGCGGAGGCAGCCAGCCCGGGGCCGGCCGUCGUCUCCCUACCCUCACUAAUAGGUAAACCGCCCCCGGAAUCCCGCAAGCCGAGAGCGCCGGCGUUCACUUUCGGACAGAAGUUGGAGCUUGCCGCUAGUGGGCACGCCGGUCCAGGACCCGCCACCUACAACACUGAAGGAAUGACCGCCAAAGGUCGUGCGUCGGUUCCUGCGGCAUCGCUACACGGGCGGUGGCCAGCGCCGCGUGUGCACCCGACGCCUGCCCCUUGUGACUACGAGCCCAGCAAAGCUGCUCGUCACGCGCCCGCUUUCUCUAUCGGUCUUCGAGUCAGUAUGCCGCAACCCGGUAGCCAGACCCCAGCACCCAACAUCUAUUCCAUGCCUCCAGUCCUCGGAGAAGCGAAAGAGGGCAGUAAACGCGCAGCGCCAGCGUUCAGUAUUACCGGUCGGGGCAAAACUAUCGAGAGCAAAACGCCCAUGCCCGGUCCGGGUACAUACACCACCGAUAAGGCAGCAGCGGUGCUUACUAAGAGACCACCCGCGUACACCAUGGCACCAAGAAGGGAGGUCAAACAACCUUCUGCUUCUGUGCCAGGACCCGGAGUUUAUUGCCCUGAAAAGGCCGAUGCAAUUCUCCGUGAAAAAUCUCCAAAGUAUAGCCUUUCUGGUAAAUUAAAAGUUGAAAAAAUAGAAUACUUACCAGCACCGAAUGCAUAUAACCCUGAAAAGGCCGAUAGGGUAUUGAGAGAAAAGUCGCCCGCUUACUCGUUCCGAACAAAAUCGGAGAUUGUUAAAAUACACGACGCCCCUGCACCAAAUGUAUAUUCGCCUGAAAAGUCACUUAAUGUUCUUAAAAGUGGCCCAAAGUAUACGUUAGCUGGUAAAGGAGCAGCAGAAAAGCAUGAAGUAACACCAGCGCCAAACUCAUAUAAUCCACAGAAAGCUGAUAAAAUUCUACACGAAAGUUCGCCAGCUUACAGUAUACGCACAAAGGAAAUUGUGGAAAAAAUUGAACAAACACCAGCUCCAAACGUAUAUGCUCCAGAAAAGUCAAUGCAUAUGCUUAACGGUGGGCCCAAAUUUAGUAUUUCUGGUAAAAGUGAGUGCGUUAAAAUUAAUGAAACCCCUGCUCCUAAUAGUUAUAAUCCACAAAAAGCUGACAAAGUUUUACAUGAAUCGUCUCCGUCGUACAGUUUCAGAAUUAAGGAACAAAAUGUUGUAAGAAGUGAUUCCCCAGCGCCUAAUGCAUAUUCCCCAGAGAACUGUAUUAAAAUUUUAGAUACAUCACCUAAAUUUACAAUAAGUGGAAAAGGAGCAUCAAGCAAAACUGACGACUUUCCAGGACCAAAUGCAUAUUGUCCGGACAAAGCCGAUAAGCUUUUGCACGAGUCAUCUCCAUCAUAUACGUUUCGGCCAAAAGAACACUUAAAGAAAAUUGAGAAUACGCCUGCACCUAAUGCUUAUUUUCCAGAAAAAUCUAUAAAUACAUUUGACAACUCACCAAAAUUUACUAUAAGUGGAAAAGGAGUAACACCAAAACAUGACAACACUCCUGCUCCAAAUACUUAUAGCUUAGAUAAAGUCGAUAAAAUUUUAUAUGAUUCUUCACCUUCGUAUAGUUUUAGAACGAAGAAUUGUAACGAUAAACCCAGUGAUACACCCGCCCCAAAUAUGUAUGAUCCCCAGUUACUAAAUGGGACCCCUAAGUUUAGUCUUUAUGGCAAAGGUACUGAUGCUAAGCCAUUGGAUACUCCUGGACCAAAUGCUUACGAUCCCCAUUUAUUAGACGGGACUCCAAGAUAUACUAUGGCAGGGAGGAAUGUUCAAGAAAAAUCAUCUGAUGUUCCAGCACCUAAUGCCUAUAAUCCACUUUUGGCGGAAAAUUCUCCCAAAUUUACAUUUUCUGGCCGUCCAGUAGACGGAAAGCCAUCAGAGACUCCUGGUCCAACUAGUUAUAACCCACAUAUUUCUAACGAUUCUCCUAAAUUUACUAUAUCUGGCAAAGGAUCAAAUGUAAAACCAUCGGUUACUCCUGGGCCUAACACUUAUGACCCAAAUCUACCAUCCAGUACGCCUAUGUUUACAAUAGCUGGUAAAGGACAUCCAAGCAAAGUCAUUGAUACACCAGGACCAAAUACCUACUUUACAGAAAAAGGGACUAAUGCGAUUUCAGAAAGUUCUCCCUCUUACACAUUUAGGAUUAAACACCUCCUUCCUAAGUCAGUCGAUUCGCCUGCACCGAAUUCCUAUGAUCCAAGCAAGUAUAUUCAUUUGUUAGAUGGUGUACCUAAAUAUUCUUUUGGGUUGAAAGGUCCAGCAGAAAAACCGUCUUCUAAUCCCGCGCCUAAUGCAUAUAAUCCUGAAAAAGCUGAUAAAGUACUUCACGAGCAUUCUCCCGCUUUUACAUUCCGUCCGAAGAUUGAAAAUAAGAAGAUCGACGAUACUCCGGCCCCUAAUGUAUAUAACCCUGAUAAGGCAGAUAAAAUUCUUUUGGAUAACGCUCCACGUUAUUCAUUCAGAAUUAAGACAAAUCCUCCUAAGCCAGAUAACGUCCCUGCUCCAAAUUCAUACAAUCCCGAUAAAGCAGAUAAAGUUAUGAUGCAUCACGCGCCACAAUAUUCCUUUAGGAUUAAAACUGAUAAUUUGAAAGUUCAGGAUACACCAGCGCCCAAUACUUACAAUAUUCCUACAACCGUUCAAACUCCACUAUAUACAAUAUCUGGUCGACAUAAGGAACCUAUAGACGAACGUUUAAAGGUCCCAUCUCCUGGCACAUACAAUCCAGAGAAGAGUUAUAAAUUUGUGUUAACAUAUUCGCCUCAAUAUACUUUUGGAGUCAAAAUUCAAACAGAUAAAUAUGCUGAUUCGCCCGCCCCCAAUACGUACAGAAUAGCAUCUGUAUUGGAUACUCCGGUCUACACGUUUUCAGGACGUCAUAAACUUCCCGUAGACGACCGUGUUCGUGUUCCCGCGCCUGGCACCUACUUCCCCGAAAAGGUCCAGUUAAGUAAAACACCUCAGAUUACGUUCGGCAUUAAGCAUUCUCCUCGCUUGGGUCAACUAAGGCCGAUUACACCGCAACAACAAACAGAUAAAGAAACUAAUGAGGAAGUGCGUGUAACGCGGACACAAAUCGUUUCGACGCCGAGAAACGCUGAAAGUCCUCGGUACGAAACCUACAAUACAAACGAAAAUAUAUCGAACAAUAUAAUAUCGCAAAACCAUGUCGACGACUCGAACGAAUCAAAUAUAAAUGUUUAUGAUACUCGUACUCAAGUAACUCAUUUAAGAUCACCCAGUGAAGCUAGGAGUACGACUGCGACACCUGAACCAGUCCAAGAAACUCUGACUCAAGAGAUUGUUUGGGUACCAGAAAAGCCUAUUCGUCGUGGUUCCUACACCAUAGAUACGUCUGAUGGAAAUGGAUCCUUUGAAAGGUACAAUAGAAAUGAAGUCGUUCCUGUCGAAGGAGGAGUUGUACAUAUGCAUGAAAGUGGCGAGAGAGGUGGAUCAAACACCAAUCAAAAUUAUCAAGAAUCUGUAGAAAGGGAAGGAUAUAAGCAAGUUACUGAUAAGAGUGUCAGUAAUACUAAUGCCUUUGAAAAGAAGCAAGCUGGUUCUCAAGAAGUUCGUACAAACACAGAUGUACAACACUUACCCAAUGGAGGAACGUCAACGACUACCACUACAACAACAGUCAAAAAAUUCGGCACGGCCGCUAAAGCUGCUAAUUCUACAACCAAUAUCACACGUACCAAGGUCGCAGUCACAUCACGUGAUGUUGGUGUUAAGUAAAAAAUAACUGACAAAUUUAAUUUACUACACGUCUUAAAAAGAACAGACUGGGCUUAAAGUAAUUGCUUUAAUCUUUAUAAUCGCAUUUUAUAGAGAGCUUCUUUAUCGAGUUG